CGCGACCCGUCCGCUGCUCCGCCUUCUUUGACCCCGCGCUCGCCACGCCACGCCACGCGCCCACCGUCGCACCCGAUCCGCGACGAGUUCCCCUUUCCCCCGUCUAGAGAGCCGCCGUCUCGGCCGGACCUGGACGCCCUUUAAAACCCAACCCCCCUUCCAACAUUCCGAUCUCCUAUCCUCCUCUACUCUCGCCCACCGAAACCGACGAACCGACGUGACCGGAUCAAAAGCCGGAGGCAGGCAGCAACUGCCAACGGCCGGUUCCGGAAGGCCGGGGGGUUGCGCGCGCGCCGCGAUGGGGCCGGACGGCGGCGUCGUCGUCGGAGGAGUGAUCGGGGUCCUGGUCUACGGGGCGCUGGCGGUGGUGGCGCUGCGGCUGGUGCUGUCGUACAAGUCGGCGGCGCACGCGGUGCGGCGGGCGUGGCGGUGGGCGGACGAGUGGGCGCAGGCGUACCAGUACUACGAGGUGCCGCGCCUCGUCGCCGCGGCCGGGGACGGCGGCGGCGCGGAGAACCCGCUGUUCCGGAAGGCGGCGGCGUACGUGGCGUCGCUGCCGUCGCUCGAGGACGCGGACGCCGCCUGCGUGCUGUCGUCGGCCGCCAAGAGCAACGACUUCGCGCUGCAGCUGGGGCCCGGACACACCGCGCGGGACGCCUUCCUCGGCGCGCGCCUCGCGUGGACCAACGCCGGGGACGGCCGCGGCCUCGUGCUCCGCGUCCGACGCCACGACCGCACACGCGUGCUGCGACCUUACCUGCAGCACGUCGAGUCCGUCGCCGACGAGAUGGAGGCGCGACGCCGCGAGCUGCGGCUCUACGCCAACGCCAACGCCGGCGCCGGCGGGGGCGAUUGCGCGCCGCGGUGGACGUCCGCGCCCUUCACCCACCCGGCGACGCUCGACACGGUGGCCAUGGACCCGGACCUCAAGGCCAGGGUCCGCGCCGACCUGGAGAGCUUCCUCAAGGGCCGCGCCUACUACCACCGCCUCGGCCGCGUCUGGCGGAGGAGCUACCUGCUCUACGGCGCUCCCGGCACGGGCAAGUCCACGUUCGCCGCCGCGAUGGCGAGGUUCCUGGGAUACGACGUCUACGACAUCGACCUCUCCCGCGGCGGCUGCGACGACCUCCGCGCCCUGCUUCUGAGCACCACCCCGCGGUCGCUCAUCCUCGUGGAGGACCUCGACCGCUACCUCCGCGGCAGCGGCGACGGCGAGACGGCGGCGGCGAGGACUGCGCGUGUGCUCAGCUUCAUGGACGGGCUCUCCUCCUGCUGUGGCGAGGAGCGCGUGAUGGUGUUCACCAUGAGCGGCGGAGGCAAGGACGGCGUGGACCCGGCUGUGCUGCGCCCGGGCCGGCUUGACGUGCACAUCCACUUCACCAUGUGCGACUUUGAAGGAUUCAAGGCGCUGGCAAGCAACUACCUGGGGCUCAAGGACCACAAGCUGUACCCGCAGGUGGAGGAGGGGUUCCACGCCGGCGCCCGCCUCAGCCCCGCCGAGCUUGGCGAGAUCAUGCUCGCUAACCGCGGGUCCCCAAGCCGCGCACUCCGCACCGUCAUCAGCGCGCUGCAGCACGUGGCGCCGUCACCGUCGUCAGCGCAGCCGCAGCGGACCAGCACGGCGGCGCGGCCACCGAGGCUGACCUCGAGAUGGUCCGGGCACCUCGAUGUGGCCAGCGCCGCGGCGUCGGAUGAGGCCAGCGCGGCGGAACAGUCACCGCGAAGCGGAGGCGGGGGAGGUUUCGCCAAGGACACGCCGAUCAGGGAGAUCAAGAAGCUCUACGGUAUGAUCAAGUACAGGAGUCGAAAGGACGCCGGCGUCGUGCCGGUGGACGACAGCGCGGCGUCGCUGAACGGGCGGGGCAGCGACGUUUGCUCCGAGAAGGACCGGUGAUUAGUUAAUUGGGCUUUCUUGUUCUUUUUCUUUUUCGGUUUUCACUUUUGAUAAUGAUGAUUUCUAAGUACAAAUUUUCUUGUUUAUUCGAAACGUGGGGGGUGUGUACAUUGUAAGUAAUCUUGUAGCAGUAGGGGCUUUCUUUGUUUGUUACUCGAGAAGAAACCGUGUUCAUCUGAAACGCAUCCAAAUUGUGCGGCAGUAAACAAGGUCACGCAAUGUUCAAAGGUAA